AUGCCGAGGAGCCCGGGAUCAAACCGUCCAAGCGCUGCUGCUCGUAGCGCUCGGAGCAUACUACCCCCAGGGAAAAUUAUUGCAACUAUCAAGGUUCCACAGAGUCUCCUGGACAAUUUGUUCCAGGACAUUGAGAUACUGAAGCGACAAGUUGUUACCCAGCCACAGUCGGCCGAAAACCAUGCCACCGAGAGCGAUAAUGCCCAUGACACGGAUCCAUCCCACGAUGCCACACAGCAAUCACUUCAGUCCUCCAGAGGUGCUCAGCGGGACUUGUCCGUUGAUACAGUCGAGGAGAAAACCGAAACGAGUCCAGCCGUGAGUACUGGCCCAUGGUUUGACAGCAUGAACAUCUUCAAAAGCCCCGUCCUCAUCGGUGAAGCCGCUGAUGCCGCAUUCGCAACUCGAUUUCGCCAAGUCAUCGCAGACCCUGCGGUUCCCGAGCCCACCCACCUCCUACGACUAAACCAUGCUACGAACGAGUCUUUGAUGUCCUUGGUCGAUGUCAACGUCCCAUGGCCUAGCUCCUCCCGCGCCAAGUUUCUGAUCGAGGCCGCUAUGAGACAUAUUGGCCGUUGCUACCGCAUCGUCCAACGAGAAGCAGCUGAGGAAGCUUGGGAGCAGAUAAGCCAUAAUUCAAGUCGCAUUGGCACCAUCCUGCGAUGUAGGAGCUGGGCAUUAUUCGCUAUUGGAGAGCUCUAUAUCACCAAAUCCAUCGGCGUUAAUGGAUUUCCCGGCAUGGCGUACUUCGCUCAGGCAACCAAGGCGUUGCCAUACCUCGACGAGCGGCCCGAAGUUGAGUGUGUUGAGCUUUAUCUUCUCUUGGUCAGCCAGACCUUUCAUUUGUCCUAA